AUGCUUAUCCGAUGCAGAGACAGCCAAGGCGUGUCGGUGGAGCUGGUUGACGAAGAUGGCAAUGUGGUGAAUAUGGAUGAUGUCAAUCUUGAUGAUGUGGAAUAUGUGGAUGAAGACGGCAACCCCGUGGAUAUUAACGGCAAUCCUUUGCCCAAUAAGGGAGAGGCUCAUGCACAGACACCCGACGACAAUCGCUCGGUUAACAGUGACGAAGUGCACUACGUAGACGAAAACGGCAACCCUAUCAACCCCGAUGAUGUGGAGGUGGAGUAUGUGGAUGAAUUUGGCAAUAUAGUUGACCCAGACACCCUGGACGACGACGUUGAGCUGGUAAGAUACGAUACCAUGCCGACUGUAGGGCGAAUGUUCUGUACCGAACUAUAA